AUGAGUAACGCUAUGCGGGAUCUCGUGAUGGGGGAGGCUGAGUUGGGUAGUGAAGAGGAUGAUGAGUCUUUCGAUGAGGAAACCGGCGAGGCUCGAGAACGAAACCGCGAUCGCAACAUGGACGAUUCAAGCGAGGAAGAAGAGGAAGACGAGGAUGAAGAGGAGGCACGAAAGGUGCGCGAAGGCUUCAUCGUCGACGAGGAUGAAGAAGAAGAAGACGCCGUGGACUCGGAUGAGCAGCGCAAACGAAGGAAGCGCAAGAGGCGUCAAGAGCGAGAGGAGGAGGCGCAGCUUGAUGAGGAAGAUCUUGACCUCAUCGGCGAGACGAUCGAUGGCUACGGUGACAAAGAAGCCGAAAAGAGCAAAUUCAAGCGGCUGAAGCGCGGUCACCGAGAUGAAGACCGUGGGAAGAAGUCUCGAGGCCUCGAUCAGAUAUUUUCCGACGAUGACGAUGACAUCGACGAACGACCCUAUGGCCGUCCUAGUCAUCGCGCCCAGGCCGACGAAUUCGACGACUUCAUUGAAGAUGAUUUCCCCGAAGACGAAGAUGAGCGGAUUCGUCACAUGGAGGAUAUGGAGGUCGCAAGACCCAGGGAUCGGGGUCUCGCGGGAAGCGUCCUCGAUCCAACGGGCUUGGAUAAGGAGGUACUCGAUGAAAUGGAAGAGAUAUUCGGCAACGGAGAAGACUACGAUUGGGCUCUGCAGUUGGAGGAGGAUGAAGAGGAUCGCCAAAGAGAGGAGACAACCCUGGAACUAAAGGACGUCUUUGAACCUUCGCAGCUUAAGGAGAAGUUGCUGACGGAAGAGGACAACGAAAUCCGCUUCACCGAUGAACCCGAACGCUUCCAGCUUGAUCGUAAGCCAUUUAAACACCUCCAAAUCUCGCCCGAGCAGUUCAAGGAAGAGGCGAAAUGGAUCACAAAUCAUCUGUGGCCGAAGAAACAACUGUCGCCCGAACUCCAUCAACCUUUCCUCAAAGGCAUCGGGAAGGUACUUGAGUAUUUCGUUGUGGAGGAGCUCGAGGUACCUUAUGUCUUCCAACACCGCAAAGACUACCUCAUCCACGCCAUCAAGCAACGGAAUCCUGAACAUCGGGAAGACCCGGAAGCGCCAGAGUAUGUUGUGCACGCCGAGAAGCUCCUGACGCAAGAUGAUCUCUGGAAGAUUCUAGAGCUGGACAUAAAAUUCCGAUCUCUCAUUGAAAAGCGGAAUACACUUGAAAAGAACCAGCUCAACCUCCGAGAGUCAGCAGAUGUCCAGGAUGAGAUGCUGUCCGAAAUGACGCCUCAGGCGGAAACCAUGGAAGAACUUCAAGAUCUGCAAGACUACGCCAACUUCCAGUACGCCCCUCAGCUCAAGGACAUUGCUGCAAUGAACGGAGUGAUUAGGCAGACGAAACGCCCAGGUGCCAAGUCGACGGUAUUCGAGCGUGUCCGAAACAGCAAGGUUUACAAACUGGUCAAGGCCUAUGGUAUUACACCGGACCGUCUCGCGCAAAAUGCUCUCCGCGAGGGCAAGAAGGUCAUUGCGGAUGACGAUGUCAAACUGCCAAUCGACUUGGCUGACAGCCUCGUCGAUGUCGAUUUCCCUACGGGUGACCAAGUUCUCUACCAAGCUCGCCAGAUGUACGCCGAGGAGCUUUUCAUGAGCCCCAGAAUGCGAAAGCAUUUCAGAACUGUCUUUUAUCAGAUGGGUGAAGUCAGUUGUUUCCGUACCGACAAAGGAAUGCGGAGAAUAGAUGAGUCUCACCCAUAUUACGAGAUCAAGUAUCUCAUCAAUCAGACUAUCCCGGAUCUUGCGCGACGGCCAGAGCUGUUUCUCAAGAUGAUGAGGGCCGAGGAGGAAGGCUUGCUAGAAGUCAAGCUCCGACUGCAGAACGAGAAGGAGUUCCGUCGCCAGCUGCACGCCGAGUUUGCUUCGGACAAUUAUAGCGAGCUGGCAGACGCUUGGAACGAGGAGCGCCAGAAAGUUCUUGAUGUCGCAUUCCCCAAGCUCGAGAGGAUUAUUACCAAAGGUGUCAAAGACAACCUAAGAACGGCCUGCCAAGACGAGUUGUUCAAGCUCUGCCGAGAGGAAUACUCGCGAAGACUAGAUCAGGCUCCGUAUAAGCCAAAAGGCAUGGUGUUAGGAACAAUGCCCCGUGUCUUGGCCCUCUCCAACGGCAUGGGAGAUGCAGCGCGAGACCCGAUUUCUUGGGCUUGGGUUGAGGAGGAUGGUCGAUGCAUUGAACAGGGGACAUUCGGCAACCUGGCCCGCGACGACGUUCAACGCGAAGCAUUUGUCGAGCUUGUGGAGCGCAGGAAACCGGACGUCAUCGCCGUAAGCGGUUUCACUGCCGAUACUCACAAACUGGUUCGCGAUCUGGAGAGCCUCGUGAGCGAGAAGGGCUUGAUGGGUCCCGAGUUCGACGACCCAGAGUCUGGUGAUUUCCGCAGCGAACUCUUGGAGGUUCUGAUUGUGAAUGACGAGGUCGCCCGUCUCUACAAAGAUAGUCCGCGAGCACUCUCCGAUCAUCCAACUUUAGGCUCGAUUACCCGCUACUGCGUCGCCCUGGCAAAGUACCUUCAGAAUCCCAUGAAGGAAUAUGCCGCACUUGGCAAAGACAUUACAUCGUUGCUCUUCCACCCCUGCCAGAACCUACUGCCUCAGGAAAAGCUGCUGAAGUACCUCGAGACGGCAAUGGUGGACAUGGUAAAUCUUUGCGGUGUAGAAAUCAACGAGGCUGUCAGCGACUCCUACACGGCCAAUCUUCUUCCUUAUAUCUCCGGGCUUGGCCCUCGCAAGGCAACGAGCGUGAUCAAGGCAAUCAACACAAAUGGUGGGGUUGUUAACUCGCGAGACGAACUCGUCGGCGAUCCUGAUAACAACAAGUUGCCGGUCGUUGGUCCUCGAGUUUGGAACAACUGCGCAAGUUUCCUCUACAUUGAAUACGAUCCAUCUAAUCCGGCCUCGGAGCCAUUGGACAACACUCGCGUCCACCCUGAGGACUACGAACUUGGCCGAAAGAUGGCCGCAGACGCCCUUGAGCUUGACGAAGAAGACGUUAAAGCUGAGACUGACGAGAACGGUGCGGGAGCCAUCGUUCGAAAGCUCUUCAAGGAAGAGGAGCAGGAGAAAGUCAACGAACUCAUUCUCGAGGAGUACGCUGAGCAGCUGGAGGGUACUUACAACCAGAAGAAGCGUGCUACUCUGGAGACAAUUCGUGCCGAACUCCAGGCGCCAUACGAAGAACUCCGACGCAAUUACACCCCCCUGAAUCCCGAGCAGAUUUUCACCAUGUUCACAGCAGAGACCAAAGAUUCCUUGGACGAGGGAAUGAUUCUUUCGGUCAACAUACGCGUGGUGAAGGAUGACUUUGCCAUUGCCAAGCUUGAUUGCGGUAUCGAGGGACGCAUUGAAGCUCACGAGGUCUCCAGUCGCAGCAACGUAUCAAUGAAGGAAGUCAUUCACGUAGGCCAGACGGUGCAAGCGAAGAUCUUGGACCUCAACCGGAAAGACUUCUCUGCGAAGUUGUCUAUCCGUGAAGACGCCCUUCGUCGGCCAUACCGCAAGCACAUCGAUCAUGAUCGUGGAACCUGGGAUUACAGACUCGAGGAUGAUGACAAGGAGGCGCUUCGAGAAAAAGACAAGGUGACUGGUCGCACGCAGAGAGUGAUUAAACACCCCCUGUUUAAACCCUUCAACGCCAUGGAGGCGGAGCAAUACCUUGGAUCGCAAGGUAAUGGCGAUGUGGUUAUUCGCCCAUCGUCCAAGGGCAAUGACCACUUGGCCAUCACUUGGAAGGUGGCAGAUGGUGUUUAUCAACACGUCGAUGUUCUUGAACUGCAAAAAGAGACGGAGUUCUCCGUGGGACGGACGCUCCGGAUUGGUGGCAAGUAUACGUACACCGAUCUCGACGAGCUGAUUGUAGAACACGUCAAGGCGAUGGCCCGUAAAGUGGAGGAGCUCAUGGCCAACGAGAAGUUCAGAAAGGGCAGCAUUGCCGACUUGGAAAAAUGGCUGACAGCCUACUCGGAUGCCAACCCGCAACGAUCGAUCUACUCGUUCUGCAUCGACCCCAAGCACCCUGGUUACUUCUUCUUGUGCUUCAAGGCAAGCAAAGGAUCCAGAAUGGGGACGUGGGUUGUUCGGGUGGUGCCUAACGCGUAUGAGAUGAUGAAGAACCAGUACCCGGACAUGCGGGCUCUCUGUAACGGGUUCAAGCUACGGUUCCAGAGCGAGAUGGGCAAGAUGCAGCAGAGACGCUGA